CUUCGUUCUUGCUGACCAUAAGUACGCCGUUCGUGGGAGCUUCUAACUUGCUGUAAUCUUGCUCUAAUUCUUGCAUCGCUCCCUCGUCGAUUUUCGUGGAGGCAGAGAGAGAGAGAGAGAGAGAGAGAGAGAGAGAUGUCUUAAAAACCAAUCCAGUUGCUGUCCCAAGAGCAGCACCAGAUUUGGCGUAAAACCCACUUGAUUGCUUCACCUUCCUCCCUCUCUCUCUCUCUCUCUCUCUCUCUCUCUCUCUCUCUCUGAGAGCUUAGCUUGGAUCCUAAGUAUGAUUCACAUCCCUCCUUCUUGGCUUUCGAAAUCGUCUUAAACCGGUUCUUGAUCUUUCCUUGUGUUCGCAGCUCGUAGGACAACCCCAAGAACAGCGCAUAAAUCCCCAUCCGGACCUCUCUUAUUCACUAGCUUACGAGGCCUGCUUGUGUAUUAAUUUCCUGCUUUGGCUCAUAUCGUUGUCCUUACAGUUAUCCUUUCCUCCACUUCUCCGGCACUCUGCUCUCUGCCAAGAAUGGGGAGGCAUUCUUGCUGUGUGAAGCAGAAGCUGAGAAAAGGGUUGUGGUCGCCCGAGGAAGACGAGAAGCUCUUCAACUACAUCACCCGAUACGGCGUCGGCUGCUGGAGCUCCGUCCCGAAGCUCGCCGGACUGCAAAGAUGUGGGAAGAGUUGCAGAUUGAGGUGGAUAAACUACCUGAGGCCUGACCUCAAGAGAGGGAUGUUCUCUCAAGAGGAGGAGGAUCUCAUUGUCAGUCUCCACAAAGUUCUUGGAAACAGGUGGGCUCAGAUUGCUGUGCAAUUGCCGGGAAGAACCGACAACGAGAUAAAGAACUUCUGGAACUCCUGCUUGAAGAAGAAGCUGACGAAGCAAGGCAUCGACCCGGCAACACACCAACCGAUCAGCCAGGUCCAACUGAUCAAAGAAGAGAAAUGCGCCGAGAAAGAGUCCUUGGAAGUGCCACAACCCAAGGGACUCAUCCCGGCCGUAUCGAGUUUGAGAGCACACGAGCCAGCAUUUCUAAUGAGCGACACUUACUUCGAAGGCGGAGCACUAAUAGAAGCAUCCAGAGAGUCCGCCGAUAACAAUAACUAUAUCAGCAGGCCGGUUUUCGAUUCUUUACCUUAUUUUGAAUUCCAGUCCGGGGUCGACCCGGUCGGCUUUAAUUCCAGUCUUCUGAGCCAGUACCACGAUCCUCCUAGAACCAUUGACCAAAACCAUCUCGAGAUGAGUGCUAACUUUGAGUUUUCCUCGAUGCCAAGCCUGACUAAUUUCGACCACCCCGGCGGGACGAUGAGCGGGUCAGAGUUCUCGAACAAUUCCACUUCGAGAAUGAGUUCAUUGUUCUUCCACGAGGCAAAGGACCAAUGCUCAACCAAUAAUAGCUCAAGCAUCGGCAACUACACGGGGUUUCAGGUCAACAGCUCGGUCGAGAAUGCAGCUUUCUCUUGGAGUUCGAGCGAGAACAAGCUGGACAGCUUGUUUCAGUACCAGGUCAAUGGGACAAGCAAGUGUGAAGAAUUGAAGCCACAAGGUUCAUGGCAAGAGGAUCAGCUACACAUCGGUCCUGUUAAUUCAUCGUCGGUAGAUUACAGUAGCUUUCAGCUGACAUCACUUUCGGAGGAUCUAACUGCGGUGAAUUUCGACAUCUUUCAGCAGAUGUAAACGUGUACAUCCGGUUCAUCUUAUUUUUCUUUUUCCGGUUUUGCUCUAAUCACAAAAGAUACACACAGAUGUCGAUAUAUACAGGAAGUCAUUCUCACUGAGAGAUUGGAAAGGAGUUUAAUUUUUUUUUGUCUAAGUUUCCCCUUUUCGACCCAUGUUUCGGUACACGGCAAUACAUCGCAAUGUCAUUAUCUUUUCCAUUGAAAGAAAUAAGUAAAAGACUUCGAUUCUUCUUUUCGUUUC